AUGGGAAGGUCCAGGUUCCCCGGGAAACCGCUAAAAUUCCAGAAUAGAAAGCGCAUAAGUGUCCUCUCGGGCGCUGUUUACCAUGAAACUACUCCGGAAAGCCAUCCAGCCGCUCGAGGCUCUGGCGGCAAUGACUUUACUGGGGAGAAAGAGGAAGAAGAGAAGAAAGAAAAUAAUAAUGAGAAUGAGGCAAACUCUACCAGUGAGAAUAAAGUAACAAGUGAAGGUUUAAAAAAAAACAAACAAGAGGCUCAAGAAAACGGCAGUGACUUAUUAAAAUCACCAGUGCGCACCCGAUCACAAAAUAAAAUGGAACCUAGUAAAGACGGUGAGGAGCAAACAACAACAUCAAACAGUUUGUGUUCUGGAAAAGUGCUGAAGAAGCCAAAAUUAAAGCGUGUUGUUUUCAACAACUUACAUGAUGAUGAUGAUUCACCGGAGGAAGGGGAGUGUGACAAAAAAGAUAAAGAAAAAAAUAGAGAAAAAAGUUUGAUGGCGUCAUCAAAUUUAUUCAAAGGUAAAACUGCAAAUUCUUUCUCUACUAUAAACACUGGUAGCAGAAAGCCUUUACUUGAUCUGUUUGCAAUAGAAAAGGGGUUAGAUUUUCCCUCUGAUGAAAACUCAAAUGUUGAGAGCUUGGAUAAAUUGAAACCCACUGAAUCUAAAGAAGAGAGAACUGGGCAUGCAAUGCGUAAACUUAUGGAUAUAUCAGAUGCUAGUUCUUCACCAAGCACAAGUAGUGGUUCUGAAUCUGAAGAAAGCUGGGAGAGUGAAAGUCCUCCUGGAAGUGGAGAUGAAGAGGAAAAGCCUGCUUCUAUUAGUCCCGAAAAAGACAAGUCAAAUCCAUCUCAACUAUUAAGAGGCAAAGUUAUAAUAAGGGAAGCAAGACUUCAGUUAAAUACUACAACUCCUUCUAAUACAGGCUUAGAUGGCCCAUUUUCUACUGUUGUACCAUCAUCUUCUCCCAACCCUCCAACAACUGUGACAUGUGGGGUUUGCGGUGCUGUUCGUUUCUAUAGGUUUGUGAAACAAGCACGGAAGUUUGGCAUUUAUUCUUGUGAAUCAUGUCGUAAAUUUAUAUCAAAAAUGUUGAAGAAGGAAAAAAUGUCCCAGAGAACAGGUCCAGUAGUUAUGCAGUGUCUGAAAGGGGAAGGUAACUGCCAUGUUCCACCCAUUGUGAGAUCACAACAAUGGAAACUGCUACGCUGCACAAAUAAAACGCGUUGUCCAGCCUGCUGGUUAAAAAUGUGCCUGAAAGCCUUCCAAGUGCCUCCAAAUCUAAGGGCUAGCCUUACUGCAAUGCUUCCACCACAUAUGAGAGCUAGUGCUAAGCCAUCGGGGCCAUUAACGCAAGCAAAUCCAUUACGGAUUACAGGCAAUACAACAUCUACUUCUCCGCCAAUAUUCAGUGCUACCAAUACAACAACUACUUUGACCACCGAAAAUGAAAAACUAUUUGGAAACUUAAAAUCAAUAAAGAAAGUGUCUGAAGAUGUUGAGAAACAAGAGGAAAAAAUACAGGAGAGUAAAGUGGAUGAAGAAUCCAAUGAGGACUUUAGUAAUAAUAGAAAACGCCGCCUGACAAGAAUUAAAGUUCGUAAGAAAGAUAAGAAUGAUGUUAAACAGACUGAAGAUCCUAAGAGACAGAAAAUGGAGCUGAAAGGUCCACGAGUAAAACAUGUGUGCAGGAGCGCAUCAAUUGUUUUAGGGCAACCUAUUGCAACAUUCCCCACACAAGAAGAGAAGGAUAAGCCUGAAAAAUCUAUUUCCUCUGAUGACGACAUUAAUACAGUUCCCAUAACCGAUAAAGAGAAUGGAACACCAGAUUUGUCAAGUUGUGAAUCCGAAAUAGAUGCAGAGAAUAAACCUCUUCAAACAACAACACAAAUUGUCACCUCCAAAGAAUUUGACACUGAAAAUCAAACGGAGUCUAAGAAGAGAAAGAUAGAAAUGCCAAUUUCAUCUAAACCUCUUAAUAAGAUGGAAUCAAGUGAAGAUGAAAUUGUUAUGGACCUUAUCCCAAAGAAAUCAAUACAGAAGCCUUUGUCAAACAUUACAAACAUUCGUGGUCGGUCACAAAAAUGUGGACAGAACCGACCAGAGCUUAUAUGUGUCGAUUUCUGGGAAAGCUAUGAUCCUGAUGAGGUCUGCAGUUCAGGGUUUGGGCUAAUAGGCACAGCUCCAUUCACAGUGGCUAGAUUGUGUUUCUUAUGUGGAAGUGCUGGGAGUGAAAAGAUGUUGGUGUGCUCAAGUUGCUGUGAAUGGUAUCAUGGAUGGUGCGCUGAGGAUGCUGGGCGUAGUGCAAGUAGCGGGGAAUGGACAUGUGCGCGCUGCGUUGCUUGCGCUGUAUGUUCCCGAGCUGCAGCCAGGUUGCGCUGUAGGUCUUGUGCCCGGCACCACCACGCCGCCUGUUUGGUGCCUGCCCCACCUGAUCACCGCAGCGAUUGGCCACAGAUUUGCAGUGCAUGCUUGAAAUGCAAGAGCUGCGACAAUAAUCGUGUCAACAAAUUCGUCGGAAGUUUGCCAUUUUGUAGGCCUUGCUUUAAACUUCGACAGAAAGGCAACUAUUGUCCUCUUUGCCAGGCUUGCUACAGGGAUAAUGAUUUUGAUAGCAAGAUGAUGGAGUGUGGAUGGUGCGGCAGAUGGGUUCACGCCAGCUGUGAAGAUGUAGCUAUGGAAAAGGAGGAUAUACCACAUACAUCACAUAAGGUUGUUAAUUUGCAAGAGCCACUAAUGCAAAAUAAAGAAAUAUGCUUCUCAACUGGUCUAUACAAUAACAAAACUGAAUUUAGUUCAUCGUGUGUUGAAGUACAUGAAAAUUAUUCACCUCAAAUUAAAACAGAGAAGGCAAUGGCUAUGUUGCCAACAACCAUUCACGACGAUAAAUAUGAGGCAAUUUCAGAUGAUGAUGAACCAGUUAAAAGCAUCUCUCAAGCUUCCAGUGCGCAAGAUCUUAGUCCAGCUUUAAUACGACAAACAAACUUAGUGGAUGAAGACAUUACAGAAACUGAUUUUAACAGGAUAGUGUCGCCAUCACUACUGGACAUCAAGAGAAGGGUGAACAGUGAUGAAUACAUUUCACUUAAAGAUUUUAAUCAUGACAUGAAAGAUGUCAUUGUACGAACAUCAAAUGAAGAUCUUCGAUCAAUAUAUAAAGAAUUAUUCUGUGAAACGUUCCCAUGGUUCGACUGCGAAAAUAAUUGUCUGCAGCCAAACCUAGAAGUCGAAGGCUACGAUUAUGGAGUUAAUAUAACAGUUGAUCAUACUUUGGAUGUUCAAAUUGUCGAAAGGGCCAUUGCUGAAAUUGGCGCUUGGCAUGAAAGCUUAGAGACGGUGUCUAACACUGUACGCAUGUUAAAGAAUGACAAAUCACCGAUUAAAUAUGGUAAUUCAGUCACCCUGGAAGAUCUAGCUGUUAAGCAGGUUGUAGAGUAUCUCCUUGACAAUGUAUGCAAACAAGAACAGCAAGAUGAAGAAGAACCACAAAAUACAGCAGAUCUCUUGCCACCAGAAGUGAAAGACGCCAUAUUUGAAGACCUUAAUCAUGAUCUUUUAGAUGGAAUUUCUAUGCAAGACAUCUUCCCGAAGCUCAUGUCAUAUGAAGAUCUCGUUGCCAUGGACUUAAAGAACGAAUUUUACGGAGCAAUGAGUCAAUCUGACGAUAAAUCAGAUUCGCGUUCGACAGAUUUCAUUGAUGAACUUCUUAAUGCUCGAUUGGAAUCUGGAAAUAAAGAAUUAAAGCGAAGCAAGUCAGAAAUGCUCUUGCAAAAUCAUAACCUCAAAACUUUGACAACUGGCCGUGGACAGCAGCGAUCCACCAGCCUAACAUGGAAUAACAAAUUUGAUACAAGUUUAUUGUCAUCAACUAUUAAGAGAUGCAAAAUGGGAAAAUCGUCAACAGUGACUGGUAAGCUAAGUCCGGUCCAAAGGACAACAAUAACCGAGAAUACAUUAGAAUGUAUAAAAGAAAACGAAAGGACUAGCCUAGAAAAGAAGCCGAAAUCGGAAAAUGUUAAUAACUCUGAGAUUGCUGAAGAGGCGGCACAUUCGUCUGGUAUUAACUAUCGUUCAACUACACCAAAAGAAAAGGAAGAUCCUACUAAAGAGAAGGCGGAUAAGACAGAAGGAUACUAUACAGACGUAAUCGAUUUCUAUACUAAAAUACAAUGCAGCCCUAUUUCACAGCUAGAUGGUGCCGCGGAUUGGUCUGGUUCCGAGAGUACUUGUAGUUCAAGACCAAAUAGCCCACGUGAAGAUGAUUUUACACCAAUUCAACAACUUGACGGUGCAGAUGAUCACCCAGGUAAUGAUAUGCAAAGGAAUCAUACAAACCAAUUCCUGUAUAGAGCUAGUGGGACUGAGAGUACAUACACUGUUACUAUUGCCGGUAAUGCGAUAAACGGACAACCGGAACUUGUAAUGCGACCUUUAGAUGAUGGUUCGGGGGCUCCUGGUCAAAUGGAGCAACUAGUUAGGUGUGACAGAUGUCAGUGUACAUACAGGAACAAGGAGUCGUACGACAGACACAUCCCAUCGUGUGAUAUGAUGUCUACAAGCGAAAGUGAGAGUGAAAAUCCCAAAUCACCAGAAAAUAGAACCUUAACCACUUUACAAAAUGCGUUUCAAGGCGCGUUCGCCCAACCAAUGGUAAUACAUGCCGGAGUUGUUAGUGGCACAGAGAAUUCUGUUAAAGCGGAAGGUAUUUCUGCGAGAAGAACUUCGAUUAAUACACGACAAAUUACAAUCAACGGCACUAUCGUAGAAACACCGUCCCCUGGGCCAGCAAAUGAAAUGACAAUGACAAUAACGGAGCAAAUGAAAUCUGGGACAGUCAUAUUUGAUCAGAGUAAAACAACUAACGUCCAAGUAUCUGCCAACCAGCAAGUACUAUCAUCCCCACAGAUUGUAGUUACUCCACAAAUGCUAUUGCCUCCAAAAACUAGUACUUCAAGUGGGCAGAAAAUUAUGACGCCACAAAUUAUAACGCAACCAGGUAUUCUUCCGUACAAUAUUUGCGUGAAACCCGGUAAUGGAAAUGCUAACAUUCAACAAAUUCAAGGUGGGGCUGAUAUGACACAAUUGCUAUCGGGAGCUGGAGGAAUCCAAGUUAUAUCAUCGAAUUCUAAUCAAGUACUUACCAUCCCUUCAAACCAACCUGGAAACAUUGCGCCAAUGAUCCAGGGAAAGAAUCAUGUGACUAGUUUCCCUAAUAUGGCUAGUGCGUCUUCAAUAGCUUUACCCGUGAAUUCGAUUCAAGGAAUGCCAAAUACAUCAAUCAUACAGAAUAUUCAGCCAAUGAUACGACCACAGAUCCAAGGAAAUCCCACUAUUGUAGUUCCUGCUAUGACUGCGCAACGACUAGCGUCACCCAAUUCACAAAAUAAGCAACAUAUUAUUCUUCCGGGAACUCCUCAAAAGUCACCGAAAAAGCAACCACCGCCUGUACAACCGAAACCUAUUUUUCAGGCUGCAAAUCGAGGCAGAGGACGUCCUUUACCUAAACCUACUACAAUAAAAAGGCAAACAAAACUCGAAAAGACCUUUACGACCAUCAAUCAAUCACCUCUUGGGCCUGGAAAUACAGUAAUACAAUUGCAAACAAACAAUCAGACAGGGCAACCAUCCAUUAUCGUGCAACCUGUCGCAAAUCAGAAUAUUAUGUCUGCAUAUGUCGAAGCGCUGUCUCAGCAGCAGAACCAAAACAUGCAGUAUAUAGCAACUAUAGCACCGCAAGGCGAUUUUAAGACCGGUCCUACUCAGUUCAUUUCACAAAGUGGUUUGAUGCCACAGACAUUUCAAAUACAACAAACAGAAUCUGGUGGUCUAGUUGCUGUCCCAAGUGGUGGCAUCCCAGUAUUGCUUCCACAAGGUAAUGUCGGAAUUUUACCACAAGCAAUACAGCAAGGGGCCACAAUUUUGCCUCAAGGAACAAUACAAGCUCAGGGUAUUAUAUCGCAAGGGCCAAAUGGGCCAACUAUAUUGCCCCAGGCGAUUCACACACAAAAUGGAACAACCAUUAUACCUCAGGGGACUAUUCAAGGCUUAGCGCCAGGAACAAUAACAUCGCAAACUGCUACUCUUUUGCCAAACAACACUUUGCACACAGCUGGAGCAACAGUUGUGCCUCAAAGUGGCAUAGGAAAUGGACAGACUACUAUAAUUCCGAAUGGAGCAUUGCCAUCACAAGGAAAUGCGUUAAUCUCUUCAGCUCCUGGUGCAACAAUAUUGCCUCAAGGAACACUAUUGCCACAAUUUUGCAAUGAUCAAGUAUUACUCGGUUCGACGCCUACUUUGGAAAUGGUUACGGAUCCUUCGGGUUGUAUGUAUCUCACUACAACGCAGCCUGUAUAUUACGGACUUGAAACCAUUGUUCAAAACACAGUCAUGUCAUCGCAGCAGUUUGUUUCAACUGCAAUGCAAGGAGUGCUGGCUCAAAAUAGCAGUUUUUCAGCUACUACAACUCAAGUCUUCCAAGCGAGUAAAAUAGAGCCUAUAGUUGAAGUGCCAACAGGUUACGUGGUUGUGAAUAAUGUUGGCGAAAGCGUGUCCACGCAAGCUGCAUCAUCUACACCAAAUGUCGUUACCGCCCAAACCGUCCAGUCAACACCUCAACCAUUGAAGACCGUGAAAACUUCUGUACCCAACUUGACACUACAGCCUCUGCCAGAUAAACAACAAAACAAUGUUAAUAGGCAAACUUCGAAAGUGAUACAAAUGAGCCCUGCUCCGUUAACGCAGAAUAGCACGAUUAAUUUACCAACUCAAAACAGUACCAGCAUAACAUUGCCUAAAGCUCCUCCUACACAACAAUCUGGUAUACCCACAAAUAUCGUUAAUCCAAUGUCAAUGAGACCUAUGAACAGAGUUUUGCCGUUACACCGGGACGGUCAGAGCAAAUCGGCAAAAAAUUCUAGUGCUAGUAAAACGGCACCUGUGCCUAAACAAAGGCCCGCACCGACAGUAAGUCACGAUAUGCCUGACUUAAAUGUAAAAGAAGAGACUGUUGACAGUGACUUAGAAAAAGCAAUUGAGGAAUCGAAACGUAUGCUCCAAUUAGAACGAGCAAAGCGAGAAAAAGAAGAAAGAGAUGCAGCACGAGCUAUACAACUAUCGGCGGAAAUGCAGCAAGCUAAUACUAGUGCCGCCUCAGCAAAUGUGGAGUCACGAAAUCACGGAACAAUUGAGGCCGUUGCUAAAAUGACAUCAUUGCCAAGUUUGGAUACAGUCAUGGAAGUAGAGGCACCGAAAGUAUUGGUAGAAAAAGAUAUAAAUCGUUCAAUCCAAAAUAAAAUGUCGAAUGCUUCAAGCAAAGUAAUCAAAAGGCCAUUGAAUGACAAGAAGACUGAAAAAGAAGCAGUAGUAAGUAAAAAGCACAGUAAACUUUUAAAGGGUCAGGAAAAUAAAACAUCGCAACCAAAACAAAUAUGUGAUCCGCCUAAAGAUGACGGUCCGAAAUUAAUUUACGAAGUAACAUCAGAAGACGGAUUUAAUUACUCAUCGUCAUCUCUAACUGAUCUAUGGACAAAAGUUAUUGAAGCUGUCCAAAAUGCAAGAAAACUCUCUGGCUUGCCAUUGAUUCAAUACAAUCUUCCAUCAACAUUAUCUGGAGCCCAUCUUCUUGGACUUAAUAACAAUGCCUUAAGAUACUUGAUUGAACAAUUGCCUGGAGCUAGCCGAUGUACAAAAUAUAAAAUACGACAAGGGCGACCAUUAAGCAGUUGGGAUAAUGAUUUGGAUUUGAGUGAGGGAUUUAAGGAAAGUCCUUGGGGCAGUGCACGGACUGGACCCAUAGCCAGAAAACAGAAUCAUGACAUGUUUAGCUGGAUGGCAUCACCAUUUAGAGAAGAACCACCACCAUUUGGUGGACAAGAAGGAGAGAGUUUGAUUUCAAGGCGAUUGGCGACUUUACCGCCAGCAAUGAGAUUUAGGCAAUUGAAGGAGACGUCGAAGGCAUCGGUUGGCGUCUAUCGUUCGCAUAUUCACGGACGUGGCCUAUUCUGUAAACGUGACAUUGAAGAAGGGGAUAUGGUGAUAGAAUAUGCUGGUGAAGUGAUUCGCGCAGUCUUGGCGGACCAGCGCGAGAAGCGUUAUGAAGCUAUGAGCGGACGCCGCGGGGUCGGCGGCUGCUACAUGUUUCGAAUUGAUGACAAUUUAGUAGUUGAUGCAACCCUGAAGGGUAAUGCUGCAAGGUUUAUCAACCAUUCCUGCGAUCCUAAUUGCUACUCACGGGUCGUGGAUAUCCAUGGACACAAACAUAUUCUGAUCUUCGCGCUUAGACGCAUCACCGUCGGAGAGGAAUUGACAUACGAUUACAAGUUUCCCUUUGAAGAAGUAAAGAUACCGUGCACAUGCGGUGCAAAGAAGUGCAGAAAAUACCUCAAU